AUGCGACUUCAACUGCAAAGAUUCGACUUUCGGCUUGUGUAUAAGCCCGGCAAGGAGCUUUUCAUCGCCGACACCUUGAGCCGUGCACCUUCACCGCGUUUGUUCACGGAUGACGUCACCCAGGAUAGUGAAGACCAAGUGCAUCAUGUGCUUCAUAGUCUCGUCACGUCCGUGUCCACAAGGAAGCGUUAUGCCGAAGCCACGGCCUUGGACCCUACUCUGCAACUUUUGAAAACGGUGAUUCAAAAAGGAUGGCCUGAGAAGCGUGCUCAGUGUCCGGCUUCAGUCAAACCGUAUUGGUCGGUGCGGAGCGAUUUGUCAAUGGUGGAAGGCGUUUUAUUGUGUGGCAGUCGUUUAGUGGUUCCAAUGUCCCUUCGUCGCGAGACCAUGGAGGGUAUACACGACGGUCAUUUCGGUGAAACGAAGUCUGUUUUACGCGCGAAGUCAGCAGUGUACUGGCCCGGUUGGGAGGAUCAAGUGAAAAAUAUGGUGGCCAGUUGUUCGGUUUGCCAAGAAAACCGUGGUCGAAACCCUAAGCUGCAGUUACAUCCCGUCCGGCUUCCGGAUUACGCCUUUCAGCUGGUGUCUGCUGAUUUGUUCGAGUUUGAGCGCGUGAACUAUAUUUUGCUGGUGGACUCAUACAGCAAAUGGCCGUGUGUCGUUCCCCUUAAAUCAACAACGUCGUCAGCCAUCAUUGAAGAGAUGUCACGAUUUUUCUGUGACUUUGGACGGCCAGAGGAGUUGGAGUCUGACAACGGGACUCAAUUUUCCAGUGCGGAGUUCCGUGAAUAUUGUGCCUCGUUGAACAUCAAGCAAGUGACGUCGAGUCCCGAGUUCGCCCAAUCCAACGGACCUGUUGAGCGACACAUCCAAACGGUAAAACGCACUUUGCUGAAGAUGUUUGCUGAAGGAAAGUCACUAUGGGAGGCCCUGGCAGCCAUCCGUUCGACCCCGGUGUCCGGCUCAUUACCGGCCCCUUCAGUGCUACUUCAAGGACGUAAUCUUCGUGGUGUGCUGCCUUUUCUCGAUGCAUCCUUAUCUCCAAAGCUGGUGCCGGCGUCGUUUGUACGUCAAGAGUUGUCUCGUCGCCAACAAACGGCGUCGUUUGUUCAAUCCCGCCCAGUGAGUGUUCGGUCGUCUGCGUUGACUGUAGGACAACGUGUUCGUGCCUUGAUCAAAGGGAAGUGGCAACUUGGUGUCGUAAAUGUGGUGUGCCCAGAACCACACUCUUAUAUCGUCCGCUUAACUGAUGGGCGUAUGUUUCGUCGUACACGCUGGGCAAUUAACGUCGAUAACGCGACCAGACCGACAGCCGUUCAGCGGACCAUGCAACCUUCCCGUCCGCAUUUUUCACGUGGCCCGGUUGUCGCUCCACCCACUCAACCGACGGCUUUGGUUCAGCCGAGUGGAAGUUCAUCAGUGGCUGUCCAGUCAGUCGUCGCAAGGACGGCCCGUCCAGUCGCUGGUGUCAAUACUCCGUCUGGACAGUCUUCCGUGUUCCAGUCGUCUGCUCAACAAGAGUCUACGCCAGUCCGUUCUGUUGAAGCGCCCAGCCGUCCUGUUCGAGAGAUUCCGGCCUCACCCGCUCGUUUACUUGUUUCCCGUAUUCCCGUUCGUGACCGGGUGGUUUGGGUGCCCCCUUCGGCCAGCAGUGGUCAACAUGCUCCUGUGGCCGCCCUUGGCGUUACCCGCUCGGGCCGACGCUACAUUAAACCUCCACCACCCUCUCAGUAA